AUGCCGGAUCCGCCCGGCGCCGAUGGGCCCCCGCCCGAGGACCUAUUGGGUGGUAAUGGCGCGAGUGAUUCAUCACUCAACACGCAAACGCGUGAAGCGGUCACUGGAGGAACCGCGAAUCCUCCAGCUUGGUCGCCCAAGGCAACUCAGGUCCGGUUGGACCAUGAGAAGCUGAUGAAGAAGACCUUCCAAGUGCUCGGGAUUGUUCCCUCCAGCAAGUCGACCCGCCGACUGAUGGUCCUGAUGCACGACGCCUCGACCCCGCCUUCGCAGGCGCCAGCGCUCGCACGAGCCGCCCAAAGAGCGGUGCGAAACGACGCAGCCCCGGCCUCCAAUGUGAUUCGAGUCAUUAUGGAUGGUCCUGGAUCACCCAGAGGUCCUGUACAGACCGCGCUGCGCAAGCACUUUGGAUUGGCCGAGACGCCGUUCAUGUUCGCGCGGCCCGAGGGCGUCGUGCUUGACCCCGAGGUCGAGAAGCUUUUCUCGAAAUGCGUGAAGCUGAACCCGAUUGUGACGAAAGCCACGAAGAGGUUCCCGAUCGCUCGUCACAUGUACGAGCUUGUAUUCGAAUCCGAGCAAGCUUGUCUUGAAGCCGCUUCAGCGGGCCCAUUCCCCUACCACGGCAAGGAGAUGGUUACCGAGCUCCCCAGCGCCUCUCCCCUUAACCACGUCGUGCAGGUGCGAUUCACCUUGCCCUCCUCCUCCAGCGCGAUCCCCGCUUCCGUGCUCCGAAAAUCUCUCGAUGAUGCUAUCACCCUUUCGUUCGGCCGCGCAGGUCGCACGCAAGGUUAUACCCUGAUGCAAUUACAGCGGGGCCUCGCGGUCGAUCCGAAUGGCGAUCCGAUGGCCAUGACCGAAGACGGGUUCCACUGCGCGUACCUUCGCUUACAUGCUGAUCUUUUCCAAGGCUCCAUCGAGACGCAGAAGGCCGCGCUCAACGCCGCUUUGCCACAAGAGAUCGAGAUCCUGGGCGCCAAGUACGGCUUGCGACACGAAUUCGAGACGCACUACUGCGCGGUGUGCGAUCGCGCCGGACACCAGUGGGGCGCUUGCAGGAAGCCGGUUUCGACUCCGGCCACCGCCGCCCCUGUUCCGGGGGCCUCGACCUCGACUUCGACUUCGACCACCGGCUUCCGAGUUGCUGGAAAGAAUGGGAAGCACGGUGGGCCUGCCGCAUUGAACUCUCGUGUCUCUGGCGCGAACAUGAUCCAGCUGGGACCUCGUGCUAACCCCGCAGGUGCAGUAACCGCCAACAAGGACGACGCGAACGACGGCGACGACGAGCCGGUCGUUUCGACCGAACCGGAGGGCGGCGACACUGGGGAAGAGACGUCGACGCGUGCGACCCUGGGCUCAACAAAGGAGACGCAGACGACGACGGCGGCGCCCGUUUCGACCCCGACCUCUCCUUCGCCUUUGUCCGGUGGCACGUCGGGAUCAUCGGCAACCUCGACAACCUCGAUAGCCUCGACGAGUCCUCGACGCCUUCGUUCGAGCUCGGCACCCGGCAACCGACGUGUCACCCGGGCGGGAUCCGCCAUGAUCCUCGGUGCAUCAGGGGGAGAUGGCUCAGGGGGCAACAGUUCAGGGGGUCACAGGUCCGAGGUGACCGAAUUCGAGGGGGGCGGCGCUGAACUGAUUUAAUCAUGAUUGAGUCACUCACCGUGUUGACGUUCAACGUCCGAUCGAUGAAGAACGCAGUCAACCAAGUCAAAAUUAUCCGUUAUCUCAAAACCCUUCGGCCGGCCCCUGCGGCCAUCCUCCUGCAAGAGCACCACCUCAGCUACAACGCGUCGCGCGAAGGCUUCGAGAGUGCUUGGCCGGGGGCUUGUAUUCGUUUCACUCCUCAUGUCCUUACCCUCAUACCCGAUGGCUCACCUUUGGCGGGCCAUCUCCUUUCCUCUACCCCGGUCGUCUUUGCAGGAGCUCCUCGUUUCGACGGUCGGAUUCUGCGCUCGGUGUUUCGUCUUGAGGAGCUCGAUGUCGAGAUCAUCAACAUGUACGCGCCGGUGCAGGAGGACGAUCGUCGCGACUUUUUCGGGCUUCUGCACUUCAACGCCCCGAGACCCAAGAUUCUUCGGAUCUUGGCCGGCGAUCUCAACGAUUGUCCGGAUGUAUCGGUCGACCGAGUGUCCAUCACCGAUCGCGCUUGGACUCCUGUAUCGCACUGGCAGACCUUGCUGUCAAAGAUCGCGUUCAAGGCACUCGACACGGUCCGAUAUGUCCAUCCUUGCACCCCUGCAUUCACUCGUCCUCACUACCGUGGUAGAGGGGAAGAGCGAAAGAUUUGCUCGUGGUCGCGGAUCGACUAUAUUCUUGUCCAAUGCAGUUGGGCGAACCGGUUGUUGAGCGCUUCUACGCUCUUCGAUGCGCCCUGUUCGGACCACAGACCUGUAGUUGCGACUUUCGCUUUGCCUACAUCGAACACUGAUGCCGAACCCCCCCUUUCUCUUCCCUCCACGAGCGAUUUCAUUUCGAGGCUCAACCCAAUGGUCUUUGACGAUCAAGACUUUGUCGCAUCGAUUCCCGGGGUCGUCGACGAGGUCUAUCGAAGGCUCGAGGGGACCGCUCCGCUCGGCGACGUCUAUGACGCCGCUCUGCGGGCGGUUGCAGUCGCUGGCCAUGCACGAUACCGCUCGACUCGUGCCGACAUGCGCCGACUGCGGGCCGAGAGCCAAUCCGUCAUGGAGGCUUUGGAGGCACGCGGUGAGCACAUGAAUGAGGCCGAGCGCGAUGUGUAUGCUCUUGCCAAGUCGCGGUUGGACCAGUUGGCGGUAAAGGAGGCUCAGUGGCUGCGCAUUCGUGCGCAUGUGCCGUCAGUCGACUCGAGGGAAGGUCAAUCGGCAAGCAUUCGCACGCGCCUCAACCGCCGGAGUCGCCAGACGAGCAUCGUCUCGCUGGAGGAUGUGGAUGGCACCGAGACCGUUGACAUGCAGGAGGCGCUGGGUAUUGCUUCACGGCACGCGCAGUCGCUCUUCACGCCGGACCCAGCUCGUGGCGACCCGACGAACGCACGCCGGUCCCUGCUCGACCCUAUUCGCGCAGCGAAAUGCUACGAUGACGACCGCUCGGACCCUACGUUCGGUCGUCGGCUGCCUCGUCAAGCGAGAGUGGCGCUUGACGAGCCCUUCACCCUCCUCGAGGUUGAAGCGGCGUUGAAGAAGACGGAUUCGGGGCGAUCACCGGGGCCCUCGGGCAUUCCGUACGAGCUCUUCAAGGCGCUGCCAACCUACUUUGCUCCCAAGCUGUUGGACUUGUUCAACUCGAUUUGGGAGGGCGGCAAAAUGACGGCGUCCUUGGCAGAGGGGCUGGUGCGGCUCUUGCCCAAGAAUAAACCGGGGGCCAAUCUGAAAUCACUGGGGGCAUACCGACCGAUCACAUUGCGCGAGACGACCUACAAGGUCCUCAGCAAGGUCUUGGUGGCGCGACUCAAUGGGGUGCUCGGCGAGCUUUUGCCGCCGGCGCAACACGGUUUCAUGCCAUCAAGACGUUCAGCGGACGCGGGAAGUCAUCUCACUCUCCUUCUCGAAAAACUCAAGUCGCUAGGCACUGAUGUUUUCCCCGAGGGCGCCCUCUUGUCUUUGGAUCAGCAGAGCGCGUACGAUCGGGUCGAUCACGCCUGGAUCUUCGAGGUCUUUGAGGCCUUUGGGUUCGGUGAGCGUUUCAUCUCGCUGCUGCGCGCUCUCUACGAUCCCGAGACUCUGGGGGUGCGCUACCUUGUCAAUGGGUUCCCCACGGACUUGGUGCGGUUGCUGUGUGGUCUCGGUCAGGGGGAUCCCCUCUCGUGCCCGGUUUGGAACAUCACGUUCCAGCCCUUCCUCGACGCCCUCGUUCGGCGCGGGAUCGCGCUCGACCUGCAGAAGGUGUGGCCAGGGGGGCCGCGUGCGCAGCUUACGCAUCUGGCGUUUGCCGACGAUGCUGUGGUGGUGGUGGAGUCACCGGCGGCAUUGUCGAAGCUGCAAACGCUGUCGCAGACGUGGUACGAGGCUACCAACGGGAAGACCAACACGGACAAGACGCUGGUGCUACCACUCGGACCGAACUGGCUUCGGGACGAGACUGCGCAGGCGCUGCCAACGGUGCAGGAGGGGGAGAGCUUCAAGUGGUGCGGCUAUGCCUUCUUUCGCCACGGUGACUCGAAACUGUUUUGGACCCAUGUUCUUGACAGGAUCAAGGCCAAGGCCCGCACCGCUCGAGACCGGACACUUUCGCCGAGUGGGAAGGUUUUCUAUGCCAACGCUCACAUCAUCUCGACGGUCCUCCACGUGCUGUCCUUCGACAUACCGCCUCAAUGGUUCAUUAAGGCGGCGGAGACGGCACUUACGGACUUUGUCUGGGGAGGAGCAGGGCGAAAUACCGUCGCUCGCGAUUUCGUGUUCCAGGCUCGGGAGGACGGUGGCUUGGGUUUGAUUUCGAUUGGCGACAUCGUUCAUUCGGUGGCGCUUCGAUUUUGGGAUGCUGUGGCGGGCUCGGACGAGGCGAUCUGGGCGCCCCUAGCUCGCGAGAGCUGGAGGUCCCUCGUCGCUGCGACCCGCGAUUUCAGUCCGUGGGGGUUCUUCAGCAGCACGGCUCGGGUCGAGAAGCUGUAUCGCGACUCGACGCGCUGGGGGGCAGUCGUUGCAGCGGCCAGGGUCACAGUUCCAACCAUCAAGUCCGAACUCCUUACGCUUCCCGAAUUGCUCUCGCUUCCGCCUCGCCUCCCUUCACUCUAUGCUGAAGGUGCCCAGCACGCAUAUGACGAUGCGGACGCGGUGGCGAAGUUUGCGCAGAUCGCGGACCUGUACUGGAGGGACGAAGGGAAGGGAUGGGCUCUGGUUGGUCAUCGACGCGGGUUCUGGCAGCACUCUAAGGAACCCGCCCUACAGCACGAGCACGUGUGGUCGCGCGUGGGUCAGUUGCUCAAGGCGAAAGCGUUGCUGCCCAAGACCGCGUUGCGACCUGCUCGGAUACCUCUCAAGGAGGCUCCCCGUCCUCGGUGCUUCAACUUCUUUGGGCUCUCCCGACCUUUUACGAUUCGCAAGCUUCGUCGGCUUGUGAACAAGGUGCGGUUCCCAGGGAGGGAGGACCGUGUCAAGCGUUUCCCUGAUGGGACUUCUCAGAGCGAUAGGAAGCGCUUCUGGAGAUGGCUUCAUGACCGGUUCGCGUCUGCUGUCGAGCAGGACACCCACUGGCGGCUCAUGUACGACGUGACGCCGACGCGCAAGAGGCAGCAUACUCAGGGUCAUGCCUCUUCGCCGACGUGUCUGUUCUGUGGCAACGAUGCAGCGGUCAUCGAGACGGUGUCCCACUACUUUUUCGAGUGCGCGUACUCGACCAGCUUCUGGGGUGGGGUGCUACGCAUUCUGCUUGACAAGCUCGGCAUCGAGGAUACCGACGUCGAUCCGUCGACGUUCACUCCGGAGCAGCUGACUAUGGGGCUCCCCCUUUUGCGGGGUCGUGGGAGAACGACCUCGAAAUGGAUGUGGGUUCGGCUGGCCUGCGCGAUCGGUUUCCAGCGGCUGCACCUGCUCCGCUGGCGCGUUCAUCAGCGGUUCGAGCUGGACAGCGUCGUGGCCCCUCCCUCGCUUCCCAGUGCGCUCAGAGCGUUCGAGCGAGAUUUUCUCUCUCGAGCGGGUUUUGUGCCUGGGGUUCGAGAUUGGGAGGUGUGAUGACCGAGUUAAGUCCUUCCUUCCCAUUUUCCUCCCCUCCUUUCCUCCCUUCCUUUUCGGUCAGAAGCUGACUGUCUUGAAACUUGUUGCGCAGUGGAAGGCUGCGCACCUCUCCCUCUCUCUACUUUGUGCAGUAGCGAUUUUCGUUCUUGGAUGGAUCGGCAAGCCGGGUCGAUCGUCGUUGCGUUGGAGGCUUUGUGAAGUUCUCCCCCCUCUUUCCCCCCCCCUUUUUUUUCCCUUCCCUUCCUCUUCUCUUUCCUGUUGCUCGGUUGUUGACUACGCUUCAGCCACUUCUCCUUUUAUUCCUAAGCCGUGUGUUGGAUUCCGUCGAAUACAUCGUUCGUUCGCGUUGGUCAAGAUCUACGGCAUGGAUCGGGAAGAAAGGUCGCUCGUUUUUUUGGUCAAUAUCCUCGCGUCAAGGCGAGGCUUGUUUCGUUGUAUUGGAUCGUUUUCGCUCGGCCCCGACGGCUCAACAGCCAGCACUCGAGACUCAGCCAAGGGAGGACAUCAGGCGCUGUCAGGGUGACGAGUAG